AUGGAAGUUCGCGUACGCCAUACACCAAUGAACGACCGCGUCCAUCGACCGUCAAACAGCGAUUUUCAGAGUCACGACGCGUUGCACGGCCACGUUCGGUGUCAGAUACCUUUCGACCGUCUGCCCACCUUUGCUGAUCACAGUGGGCGUGGGAUGAAAGUGGACGCGCGUAUCAACGAUAGUCCAACUGCUCUGUUCCCUACGUACGACGAGAUGACUUUCUAUUCGAGCAACCUACUUGAGGUGAAGCGGAGCAUGUGUCAAGCAGGCCCAUCGCUUCGGGCUUUGUGUAACGCCCGACACCCGGUGAAGGGCUCGAGCGGUGCGAAGACGAAGGCCGUGUAUCUGCUGUCCGAGAAACAGCGACUGCGCGAGCUCCGUCGAACACGACAGAUUCGAUACCGGAGGAAGAAGGAGCAGUACAUCUUGGACCUGCAAGAGCAGACGCGAAAGCUACGUCGUACGAUCGACGAACUCGAGCAGUAUCGCCGCCUUCGAUCCGACACUGUUGUCACGCAAAUGAACGCCUGGCGAUUCGCAGCGGAGUACUUUCGACUCUUUCGCUACGGCGUGCGUUUCAAGGAGGGAUCGAAGACGUCCGAGACCGCUGAGAGCGCCCAGUUGGAUUUCUUGCGAAACUCCAUGACGGAGGACUUGGUAUACAACGCUGAGCAUGGCGUCGUUUGUAUGCUUCAGACCUGGCGACAAACGUCGUGCUGGUUUGCUCCCGUAAGGCUGGAAGUGGAUCGUUUAACGAAAGACGCAACGGGCUUUCUUGUUGCCAAUACUCUAUUCACCGUCACGAUCUCGGAGCAAACGCUGCGCGACGUGUUUCCUCACCUGUGCAACAACGAUGGCACGAUGUCAGCGCUGGCACAAAAGCUGCUAGGCCAAGCGAUUGCAAUGCGCGGCUCCACGCGUUUCAAGUGGGAUGAUGCGCUCGGUCGCGUGGCAAGUGUCAUGAGCCAAUCGGAUAUGUUGACACCGUUGCUGCGGAUCCUAGGGAGCGUGAACGACGUGUCGCGAGUGUUCGACAAAGCCCUUAUCACGCCCGAUUUCCAGCUAGUGGCCGAAGAGCGGUAG